CAGGCAAUGGACGACAGUAAGCCAUGGGCCCUGAUUUCAAAUGUGGAGGAACAAGGUCAUUUUAAAGAGUUCGUCGACAUAUUGAAACAACACUUCCAAAUCAUGUGCCAUAAAGAAUUGCUUCAAAACCCUCAUCUGCAUGGUCCGAAAAUCCAGGCCAUAUUAAUGUGGUGUGCCCUCCCUGCAGCCAAGCCUUCGCUGCUCAGUUUGCUUCCCUCGUUGAAGGUGAUCGCCAACGGUGGAGUGGGCGUCGACCACCUGGAUGUGCCGUACAUAUCCAGUCUGGGAGUGAAAGUUACCAACACACCCGGUGUGGUGAGCAACGCCACUGCAGAUAUGGCGAUGGGUCUGCUUCUGGCAUCAGCAGCACGCAACAUCGUUAAAGGGCACCAAAUAGCUGUUAUCUCCAACAUCACUGACCAGUCACAAUGCCCGAUGGGAGCUGAAGUCACAGGGUCGACUCUGGGGAUUAUUGGAAUGGGACACAUUGGCCUCAAAAUCGCUCAAAGAGGCAAAGGAUUUGACAUGAAGAUCCUGUAUCACAACAGGAACAGGAGGAGCGUUGAGGAUGAGCAGGCGGUUGGGGCGAGUUACCGUGAGAACAUGGACGACCUGCUGAAAGAGUCAGACUUUGUUGUGCUGGCGGUCAACCUGACCCCUGAAACCACAGGACUGAUCAGCCACAGAGAGCUGGCCCUCAUGAAACCCAUGGCAACGCUGGUCAACAUCAGCAGAGGUCGGGUUGUGGACCAAGAUGCUUUAGUCAAAGCUCUGCAGUCGGGGACAAUUCGUGCGGCGGCAUUGGACGUGACCGACCCUGAACCAUUACCAAGGGAUCAUCCUCUCCUUGGUCUUCCUAAUGUGGUGAUCACCCCCCACACUGGCACCGACACUUACACCACAAUAAGAAAGAUGGUGGAGAGGAUGGUAGAAAACGCCGUGGCUGCAGUGAACGGCCAAUCUAUCCCCAAUGAAGUCAAACCAAAAUGACUUUAGUUACGGUGACCUCAUCCGUCUGCAGUUAGGAGUGCUUUCCAAUUGUGUGAUGAAUUAACCUUUUAGAUUGUUCUGUCUAAGAAUCUGCACCAGUAACUGUCAUUAACACGUUCAUUACUGUUACAAUAAGAUAACUAAUGCAUCAAAUGCAUUUUGUUGUGCAACACGAUGUUUUGGAUUGGCAAUAAAUAAAGGUUGAAAUGUUUUUUAUUACAAAAAUAGUUGGAUAUGAAAUUACAGAAUGAUUUUAACAUUUAAUGUAACUUUACAUCUUUGUAUGUUGCAUUAAAAUACAAACUUAAUAUACUGUUGCACUAACUUAAACAA